CUGCCUGAUGGAGAUGAACCAGGAGGAACUGGCCGACAAACUGUGGGCCGGAUCUGCUGCUGUCGAGUGUCAACAGAAAAUCAAGUCUCAUUUGGAGAAGAAGUUCAGGUGUGUGUUUGAGGGAAUCCCUAAAGCAGGACAGCCAACAUAUCUGAAUGACAUCUACACAGAGAUCUUCAUCACAGAGAGAGGCAGUGGAGAGGUCAACAAGGGACAUGAGGUCAGACUGAUUGAAACCGCUUCCAGGAAACCAGCCAAGGAAGAAACACCAAUCAGAUGUGAGGACAUCUUUAAACCCUUGCCUGGAAAAGAUAAACCAAUCAGGACAAUAAUGACAACGGGAGUGGCCGGCAUUGGUAAAACCGUCUUAACACACAAGUUCACUCUGGACUGGGCUGAAGGCAAAACCAACCAGGACAUACACUUCACAUUUCUCCUCACCUUUAGAGAGCUGAACUUACUGAAAGGGAAAGAGUUUAGCUUGGUGGAACUUCUUCAGCACUUCUUUAUUGAGACCAAAGAAGCAGGAAUCUGCAGAUUCCACCGGUUCCAAGUUGUCUUCAUCUUGGAUGGUCUGGAUGAGUGUCGACAUCCUCUGGACUUCCAGAGAAACCCGAUCUGGACUGAUGUCACAAAGUCCACCUCGGUGGACGUGCUGCUGACAAACCUCAUCAGGGGCGACCUGCUUCCCUCCGCUCGCAUCUGGAUAACCACACGCCCUGCGGCAGCCAAUCAGAUCCCUGCUGAGUGUGUUGAGAUGGUGACAGAGGUGAGAGGGUUCACCGACCCACAGAAGGAGGAUUACUUCAGGAAUAGAUUCAAAGACGAGACGCUGGCCAGCACAAUCAUCUCCCACGUCAAGAAAUCACGAAGCCUCCACAUCAUGUGUCACAUCCCAGUCUUCUGUUGGAUCACUGCUACAGUUCUGGAGGACUUCUUCAAAACAUCCCAGAAAGUAGAAGAGAUGCCCAAGACUGUGACUCAGAUGUACAGCCACUUCCUGAGGGUUCAGUCCAUACAGGGGGACAGGAAGUACCAUUGGAGAGCUGAAACAGAUCCAGACUUGAGUUCAGAGAGCAGGGAGAUGAUUGUUACUCUGGGAAAACUGGCUUUUAACCAGCUGGAGAAAGGCAACCUGAUCUUCUACGAGUCAGACCUGACAGAGUGUGACAUCGAUAUCAGAGCAGCCUCAGUGUACUCAGGAGUGUUCACCCAGAUCUUUAUAGAGGAGUGUGGGCUGUACCAGGACAAGGUGUUCUGCUUUGUCCAUCUGAGCCUCCAGGAGUUUCUGGCUGCCCUUUAUGUCUUCUGGUCCUUUAUCAACACUGGGGUCAAUCUGCUCAAAGAAGAACACUACGAUGAAGAUGAACUCAUCUCCAAUGAAGAUGAACACAUCCUCUUCUAUCAGAGUGCCGUGGACAAGGCCUUACAGAGUAAGAACGGACACCUGGACUUGUUCCUCCGCUUCCUCCUGGGCCUCUCUCUGGAGACCAAUCAGAUUGUCCUACGAGGUCUACUGGGAAAGACAAGAAGUAGCUCACAAACCAAGAAGAAAGCAGUGUCUUACAUCAAGAAGAAGUUAGGUGGUAAUCUCUCUCCAGAGAGAAGCAUCAAUCUGUUCCACUGUCUGAAUGAGCUGAACGACUGUUCUCUAGUGGAGGAGAUCCAGCAGUCCCUGACAUCAGGAAGUCUCUUCGAAACAGACGUCUCUCCUGCUCAGUGGUCAGCUCUGGUCUUCAUCUUACUGUCAUCAGAAGAGGAGCUGGACGUGUUUGACCUGAAGAAAUACUCAGCUUCAGAGGAGGGUCUUCUGAGGCUGCUGCCAGUGAUUGAAGCCUCCAAAAGAUCUCUGAUGAUUGGCUGUCAUCUGUCAGAGACAUGCUGUGAAGAUCUGGCCUCAGUUCUCAGCUCCAACUCCUCUAGUCUGAGAGAGCUGGAUCUGAGUACCAACGAUCUGCAGGAUUCAGGAGUGAAGCUGCUCUCUGCUGGACUGGGGAGUCCACACUGUACACUGGAAACUCUCAGCUUGUCCGGCUGCCUGGUCACACAGGAAGGCUGUGCUUCUCUGGCCUCAGCUCUGAGCUCCAACCCCUCCCAUCUGAGAGAGCUGGACCUGAGCUACAAUCACCCAGGAGACUCUGGAGCUGCGCUGCUCUCUGCUGGACUGGAGGAUCCACGCUGGAGACUGGAC